CUUAUAGUCCCUUUAAUAUGAAUAUUAUUAAUACUUCAGGUUUUCUGGCAUGAAAAGUUUAACCUGGAUAGAAAUUUGCAUAAUUUUUGUACAUUUGAAACUAAGCUGUAUUUAAAACGUUCUAACCCUAGAAUUUAAUGUAUUUACAUUUUGAUAUUUACAGUACUAACUGUAUAGUCUAUUAUUCAUUCAGACUUUAAUUUUGUUAACUUCAGAAUAAAUUAUGUUAAGGCCUAGUCUUCUCAGGGUGUAGCUAAAUGUAGGUCUUCCGUUGGUUGUACACUGUACAGUGCACAGUAUGCCCGGCCUUCCCUGGAGCUGUCCUUUAUGUAACGCCGAAGCUGAAGUGGAGCAGCAAUGUGGGGGUUCUCAAGCUAGUACUCUGGUUUCACAUCUACUAGAUGUGCAUGGAUACGUGAGAUGUGAUAAAUGUGAUGGUGAAGUAUAUAUUGAUAAAACUUCCAUUCCUACUCACAUACAUAAUCCUCAACAGCCUGUACAUGUACAGCAACAGCAUAUACAUAAUCCUCAACAGCCUGUACAUGUACAGCAGCAGGAUGCACAAAUUCCACAAAUCCAGAAAACCAAGACUUUCCUACGGAAACGAUCUGUAGCUGAAGAAGAGAAUGAGGAUGAACCCAAGCGGAGUAAACGUAUCCUUCUCCAGGUUGCCGGAUCCAACCCAGAGAUAGAAGAUAGAUCUCGCUCUGUAAGUGUCAGGCAAUAUUUAGUUCGGAGAAAUGUUCCGGUUCAUGGCAACCAGAUAAAGAGCAAGAUUCGUACUAGAACCAUAAGUUCUUCUCAGAGUAGGGAGCAAUCUGAUAUAAGGGAACAGUCUGAGAUUAGGGAGCAAUCUGAGAUCAGGGAGGAACUUAAGAUGAGUGAGCAAACUAAACGCAGGGAGCAAACUAAGCGCAAAGGUAAAAACAAAGGCAGGAGGGAGACUCUAAGUAGAGAACAAACUAAAAGUAUAGAGCAGACUCGGGGCACGGAACCUACUGAGAUUAGAGAGCAAACUGAGACCAGUGAUAACAUUAUAAUCAGAGAGCGGAAUAAAGUACCGGAACAGACUGAGAACAGAGAGCAGAUUCUGAGCAGCGCGAAUGCGGAGUCAAUUGAGCAGAAUGAACCCAGUGAUAAAGUUGAUGGUGUUGGUAUAACUAAACGUGAUAAAUUUAUAAAUCCUCUGAGCUUAACAAGCGGAGUUUACUCUCGUCCUACAAAAUAUGACAGGGAUUCCUUAGGAAGUUUCUGGCACUAUGCUAUCCUUGAAUGCUUGGCGUGUACUAUACGACCCUCCCGGAAAUUCCACAGUAACAGCUCCUGGGCUCAACACUUGAAACUCAAGCAUUCAGACCUGACUCGUGAAGAGUACAUCAACAAAUUCGGGGAACCGGAUAUAACAAAAUUUAAACAUCGUUGCUAUAUCUGCAGAAAGAUGUUAUCAAUGAAUUUGAGUAUCGUAAAGAGACAUUUAAAAAGAUUUCACAGAUUACAAAUCAGCAGUUACACAUCCCAGUUCAGAAAUCAACUGCUUCAGGAGAAGAAAGAGAGACCUAGAUUUCUUCCUAGUCAUCCUCUAGAGGGUUGGUGGGAGGGAUGCUUGUACUCAUGUAAACACUGUACAUACGUUGUACCAGUUGGAUCAGUAUUAGAACACCAUCUGGAGUUAGUUCACGGUAUCUCUAAACUCCAGGAUAAAGAAGAUUAUGGAGACCUGAUUACCCUGACCAGAUACCACCAGUGUUUCAUCUGCCUGAAGAUAGUGAAACACGAGUACAAGGGGAUUUAUCAACAUCUUGCUUUGCAUAACACGAAUGUUCUCAGCUAUACCAAGAAGUUCAUCACUAAUAUCUACAAAGAGCUCCGCGAUAAAGGUAUGGAGUAUGUAAUAGAGCGGGAAGAAGAGAUAAAGAGUAGUCCGACCCUGGCCGAGUACUUGAAGAGAAGAACGAGGGAUGAGAGCAGUGAGAGUACUGACGAGAAGCUGAUGAAUGAAUGGUCGGACUACUGUGAGUAUAAAUGUGGUUUAUGUCAGGAAACUCUUCUCUCAAACCUCAAGUUUAAUCUCCACGUCGUGAGGGUUCAUAAACUGAAGAAAAUGAAGGAGUAUCGAGAGAAAUAUGGAGAUCCGGAAACAACCCAAAGACUUCACAAAUGCUUGCUUUGCUUUAAUAACUUGAAAUGGGAGGCUUCGAGGAUCCGAGAUCAUUUAAAGAAUAAACACAACGUCAAGGGAAAGUUUCCCUCGUUAAAAGAAUACGGAGAAAAAUUUAAGAAAGAAAUUUUAAUUGAAAUCAAGAAAUUGGGUAGUUCUGAUUCUUCUAAUGCUCAAAAUGAAAUAUAUCCUUACCGCUUGGAGCAAACUUUGGUUGGAGGAACCAAGAAGAAAUUUAGUCCUAAAGAAUGGAAAGAUCUUCACCAGAGGAAACAACAUCCUAGAGAUAAGGUUUCCUGUCCGCACUGUAACCUUACAGUUCACAGAUCCUCCUUGAAUAAACAUAUGACGAGAUUACAUCCGUCCGAGAUGAUGAGGGAUCUUAAGAUGGCAUCAGGACGGAUAACUCCGGAAGGACGCAUGGAUGAUGAUGCAGAGAACAAAGAUAAGGAAGAAGUAUCGAGGACUAGGAACGAAAGGUUGGGUGCGGAGGAAGUUAUCCUUGAUGAUGAGGCGGACUUGUGUCACAAGUUUAUGAUUGACAACGAAUCCGGAGAAAUCAUUCUUCUCGACUCUGUGGAGAGUAGAAACCUCUCCUAUGUUACAGGGGAACCGGACCAGGACUUAAAUCUUCAAGAAGUUAGUAAUCGAGUCUUGAUUCGUCACUCCAUCAAGAAAAGUACAGACUUUGGGAAGAGCGAGUUUGGUUCGGACAAAGAAUUUGAAUCAGAGAAUGACCUGUGUUCGGAAAAUGAAUUCGUUCCUGAGAAUGAGUUUGAAACCGGUCCAUUAGACGGGAAAAUUGUGCAUGUCGAGUCUUUAGUUCGGAAUGAGAAUGGAUACGAAGAAUAUAAUUUCGAGUUUAUUGAUGAAGAUGAAGCUGGGUUGGAUACAGAAGUUGAAAAUACCAAGAAAACUGAUGAAGAGAUGGAACUUUAUCAUUUAAACAGUGCACAUAGAGAAAAGAAGGAGAGGGGGGAGGUGGAGGAGCAGAUUGGCAUCGAGGUGGAGCAGGAAGACAUCGAGGUGGAGCAGGAAGACAUCGAGGUGGAGCAGGAAAACAUCGAGGUGGAGCAGGAAAAAAUCGAGGUGGAACAGGAAGACAUCGAGGUGGAACAGGAUGACAUCGAGGUGGAGCAGGUGGGUAUCAAUGAGAAGCAGGAUGAUAUUGAACAGGAGUAUAUUGAUUUUGAACAGGAGUAUAUCGAUGAGGAGCAGGAAGAUAUAGAAGAGGUAACCAUUUAUGUUGACGACAACCCUAAUAUGUAUGUUUAUCAACGAACAAAUAAGACUGAAUAUAAAAUGGAGAACAGAGAAGAUGGAACAGAGAAGCUGGAUCUAGGUAUGGAGGUGCUUCAGGUGGAUGUGGGUAAGGAAAUCGAUGUUGAUGUUUCCGAGGUCGCCGAUGUGAUAAAUCCACUUGAGGUCGAAGAGACAGAGAAAGAAAACCUUGAUAAUAAGAUGAUAUCCAACCAUCUCAAAGAGCAGGCUGAAACCCUGUUUGAAAAAGACAAAUCUCUGGACACAAUAAUAUUAUCCAACUCUGAAGGUGUUCACCAGAUUGCAAUAGUCAGGAAGAAAGGAUCAUCAACUAUACCAAAGAAUUCUCAGGCCAAGUUUCUUGAACAAAUCACCAGUAUUCUUGGAGCAGACGAGAAAAUGUUUCAAGGAAAGUCCGGUCCUCUCAAGAUUAUCGAGAUCGAGGUUGAUUCUAUCCCUGAGAGAGGUGAGAACAAGGUGUCCAGGGUUGCUGCAGCGUAUGCUAAGAAAUGUAUAUCUGCUCCCUGUGCACUAGAUCCUAGAUUUAUGAGUGUUGGAACACAGGCUAGUUCCUGGACUAAGAUGGCGGGGGAGAGAGCAAAGGUUGCACGGAGAAAGAUGUUGAAACCGAGAGAACAGGGUUCAGGUCGGGAUACUUAUGAGUUUGAUCCUGGUAUUUCCAGUUCCCGAGAUCUGGAAGGAUAUUCGAGUACAGGGAUCCAGAUUUCCUCGAAAGCUACACAGGUGAGCUAUGAAACCUCUCGAGGAUUGUUUGAAGAGGAAGAGGAGGAAGAAAUGAAGAAAAAGAUUAUAAAUUAUCUCCAAGAAGGGAAAAAACUGGAUAAAACCUGCCCUGGCUGCAACAAAACAAUGGCUAAACUCAGAAACCUGAUAUCUCAUCUCAAGGUUCGGCACUGUGUAAGGUUGGCCGGAAAACUUGGAGAUUCUCUUGAAGAGAAGCAAGUUAAAGAUAACUCUGCAGUUUCAUGUCCAAUCUGCUCUUUACAACUCUCAAGAAAAUCUUUACGGCGUCACCUCCGGCUACAGCAUAAACAGAGCUAGCGACAUCCCUUUCAUUGACUUGGAUUUCCACCUUAUUGGAUAAAUUGCCACUUUUACCCUAUUGGAUAAAUUGCUAUUUAAACCUUUUUGGAUAAAUUGCUACUUACACCUUAUUGCAUAAAUUGCUACUAACUGGAUUGAUUUAACUUCCACCUAUUUUUCGCAAUUUAUACUAUUCUAAGUUUUAAUACUUACCAUCUUUUUGGUGGAUAAAUCGCUAAAGCUACUUCCAACUUCUACCGCUACUACCAUGUACUCUAAUAAACUGCUACAACUCAAAUACAUGAUAAGUCAAUUCUUCCAAGCUCCAGGUUAAAUUGCUACUCCGUGAUCUGCUAAUGCCAAGAUCUUGAUGAGGUUCUACAAAUAUUGCACUAGUUCGUCACUAUUGCUACUUUAGGAAGUCUCUCCUUCUUUCCUAGUUCUCCUCAUUAUAUUCUCCGCUCCAUUCAUCGUCCUAUUUCACUCGUUCUUCCCACUGCACUCGUUCUUCUGAUUCUCAGGAAACCCAUUGGUCGAACAGAUAAAAGGCUCUGAGAACCAUGAGGAUUGAACUACAUGAAUAUUCUAACUGCUGCUGUUGAUGUAUUAAUUAAUGAUUAGUUUUAUAAUAUGGGAAUGUUCAUGAGUUCUGUAAGGGGGGUUUAAUACGAAUCAUAUUUUUUUAUUUGAUUGUCGUUCUCUCCACAUUUUAUUUCCGAAAAUUAUGAUACGUUCUAUUCGUACCCCCCUUUCUAAAUUCAUGAACUCCCAGUUUAGGUAUCAAUUGUUUCA